AUGGGGAGAAGGGGUUGGGCAGGCGCAGCGGCGGAGCCUGGCUUCUUCUCCGCCCGGGCGUGCAGCCAACGCCGCUCCCUGCAGCUCUCGCAGGCAGGCAAAGGAGAAGGCGGGGCUGCCAAGGACCGACGCAGGCCAAUGAGGGGGCGGGGGCGGGGAACCAGCGAGGCCGAGCCUCCCGCCUCUCUUUCCCGGCAAGCAGCGCGCCGCUCUUCCCGUCAUGCCGUGCGCGGGCACCACGCGGCCCCCAGGAGGCGCGCGCGGAGAGGCGGCCAUGGCGUCGCGGGGGCGGGGCGGAGAGGCGGCGGCGGCGCUCAUUGGCCGCGAGGCGCCUCUACUGCCCUUGGACCCGGAAGGGGCGGGGCCGGGGCCUUCUCAGCCACUGGGGGGAGAGGGGAGGAGAGAGAGACCUCGCAGUCGCUUCCCUUCGUGCCCCGCGCGGCCUGGCUGGGGCAGGAGGCCGCGCCGCCAUGGUGGGGCCCUCCAGUGCUGCUGCACGUCCUCUUCGAGCACGCAGCCGGCUAUGCCCUCUUCGCCCUCCGGCAGGCCGAGGAGGUGGCGCUGCUCUUGCCCCAGGCGGAGGAAAGUGUGCUGAGCCUGGGCAAGUUCCUCUCGCUGGUGCACCUCGUGGCCUUCUCGCCCUUCAAGUCCGCCCAGAGCGCCCUCGACAACAUCAACGCCGUCUCCGAAGGACUCCUCCAUGAGGACCUGCGGCUCCUGCUCGAAACCCACCUGCCAGUCAAGAAGAAGAAAGCCGUCCUGGGGGUCAGUGAUGCCAAGAUUGGUGCCGCCAUCCAGGAAGAGCUGGGCUGCCAGUGCCAGACGGGUGGGGUCGUCGCCGAGAUCACCAGAGGGAUCCGGCUGCACUUCUGCCACCUCAUCAAGGGCUUGACGGCCCAGUCUGCCUCCAAGGCCCAGCUGGGACUGGGCCACAGCUACUCCCGGGCCAAAGUCAAGUUCAACGUCAACAGGGUGGACAACAUGAUCAUCCAGUCCAUCAGCCUCCUGGACCAGCUGGACAAGGACAUCAACACCUUUUCCAUGCGGGUCAGAGAGUGGUACGGGUAUCACUUCCCAGAGCUCAUCAAGAUCGUGAGUGAUAACUACACCUACUGCCGCCUGGCCAAGCUCAUCAGGAACCGGAAGGAGCUAAGCGAAGAGAGCUUGGAGGGGCUGGAAGAGGUCGUCAUGGACAGCGCCAGAGCACAGGCCAUUCUGGAGGCUUCCCGCUCAUCCAUGGGGAUGGACAUCUCUCCCAUUGACCUGAUCAACAUCGAGAGGUUUUCCAGCCGUGUCAUCUCGCUCUCUGAAUAUCGCAAAGGCCUGCAGGAGUACCUUCGCUCCAAGAUGAGCCAAGUGGCUCCCAGCCUAUCAGCUCUGAUUGGUGAAGUGGUGGGUGCGCGCCUGAUCUCCCACGCUGGCAGCCUAACCAACCUGGCCAAGUACCCAGCCUCAACGGUGCAGAUCCUGGGUGCGGAGAAAGCCCUCUUCAGGGCCUUGAAGACACGGGGCAACACUCCCAAGUACGGCUUGAUCUUCCACUCCACUUUCAUUGGGCGAGCAGCGGCCAAGAACAAAGGCCGCAUCUCCCGCUACUUGGCCAACAAGUGCACCAUUGCCUCCCGAAUUGACUGCUUCUCAGAGGUCCCAACCAGCGUCUUUGGGGACAAGUUGCGGGAGCAGGUGGAGGAGCGGCUGGCGUUCUAUGAGACGGGAGAGCCCCCCCGCAAGAACCUGGACGUCAUGAAGGAGGCGGUGGUGGAGGCCUCAGAGGUGGCUGCGGAGAUCAAAAAGAAGAUGGAGAAGCGCGAGAAGAAGAAACGGAAGCGUGAGAAGAAGCGCCUGGAGGCUCUGGCAGCAGCUGCUGCAGAGGAGGACACUGCGCUGGAGACCACGGCAGAGGAAAAUGAAACAGAGCCCAAAAAGAAGAAAAAGAGGAAGCGGCAAGAAGAGGCAGAGCUGGAGGCGGAACCGGAGCUGGCGGAGAAUGGCCUGGAGCCCGAAGAUGUGCCCAAAAAGAAGAAAAAGAAGCUGCAGCUGCUCCCCCCGGCUGCUGUGGAGACCCCAGAGAAGAAGAAGAAAAAGAAGAAGAAAAAGGUGCAGCCGGAGCAGGACAGUGACGAUACGGACUAGCACCGGGGAGGGGGAUAGGGAGAGGAGCUUGGCCUGGCUGAGUUCAGGGAGCCACUUUCUUCCCUCCUUUAAUGAACUGACUUUUGGGGGGUGGGGCUCUCCAUCCUUCCCAGCAAGAGAAUGUAACCCAGGCUGGACCUUAUUGCCAGAAAGGCUGGGCCGAAGGCCGCCUGGGCCACGCUUGCAGGCCUUUUGUGCGCACAUGCUCAGCUCUGUCUGAGCAGAAGGGGGGGGGGGGGUUGCCCUGCCUUGCUGUGCUGACCACUGGGGAACAGCAUUUGCUGCAGAAGUGGAGCUUUGUAAAGCAGAACAUUUCAUUUUCCAAUAAAGGAUACUGUUUAUAAGA